AUGUUGUUCAAGAGCACAUUGCUGGCUGUGGCCACGCUCUCCGCGCCAGCUUUGGCAGCUUUUGGCGUUACACAGACUGGUACCAAUAUUGUUGUUGAUACAGGCUCGACUGCCACUCUAGUCUUCACUGUAGACUCCACGAACUGCGAUAUCAUUUCGCUCAAGUACCAGGGCGAGGAGCUGCAGGACUCCAAGGGAGGGUCACAAAUUAAUUCUGGGCUUGGCAGUGCGACGGUUAAGUUUGAAACAGUUGGAAACCAGUAUAUCAAAAUUACUUGUGUUGCGGGUACCCUAACGCAAUACAUGGUUGCAAAGUCCGGAGAAGCAAAUAUAUACAUGGCGACAUCUACCACCGCUGAGCCCGCCGUUGGGGAACUACGCUUCCUUGCUCGUAUCAAGAACACUGUGCUACCUCUGGAGUAUCCUUUUGGUGUCGUGUCGACGACUAAUGGAGAAACUUCCACAGUCGAGGGCUCAGAUGUCUUCAUUGUAGGCAGCCAGACACGGAGCAAGUUUUAUUCCAGCCAACGCUUCAUCGAUGAUGCUGUUCACUGCGUAUACCGCGACACAACCCCGAUUCAUGCCUGUCUUGUCAUGAACUUCUACUCCUAUGAGACCUCCUCCGGUGGUCCUUUCCACCGCGACAUCAACACCAACAACAGACCCGAAGAAUCAUCUCUAACUUUCUAUAUGAACAGCAAUCACGUGCAGCUCGAAGCAUUCCGCCAGGGCUUGCACGGCCCAUAUGCACUAACAUUCACCGGUUCCUCCGUCCCAUCCGGCGGCUCCUCCCUCGACACCACUUUCUUCAAAGACCUCAGCAUCCCCGGCUACGUCGGCCCCUCUGCCCGCGGCACCGUGACCGGCUCAGCAACAGGCGUUGCCUCUGGUCUCCAAACUGUUGUCCACUGGUACAACAGCGCAGCCCAAUACUGGGCCUACGCCGACGGUUCCGGAAAAUUCACCUCCCCAGCCAUGAAACCAGGAACGUACACCCAAGUCCUGUACCAAGGCGAAUUCAAAGUCGGCGCCUCCACCGUUUCUGUCUCCGCCGGCGCUGCCACCACAGCAAACAUCGCCGCGUCUACCGACAAGAGAACGACGAUCUGGCAGAUUGGUGUUUGGGACGGCCAACCAAAGGGGUUCCGCAACGCGGAUAAACAGCUUAGGAUGCAUCCUUCGGACGCGCGCAUGGAAUCUUGGGAUCCGCUUACGUAUACCGUUGGUACUAGUACCCUAGAUAGCGUGCCCAUGGCUAUCAUUCAGGGAAAGAACCCCUUCACUAUCAAGUUUUCCAGCACGGAGACGGGAGCUACGACACUUCGCAUUGGUACUACCCUCGCUUUCCAGGGCUGUAGGCCCGCUGUCGUGGUUAAUAGUUUUAGCCCUGCGACGCCUGCGGCGCCCACGCUGAUUGAUUCCCGAGGCUUUACGAGAGGGGCGUAUCGCGGGUUCGGCGAGGUUUACGAUUAUGCUCUCCCGGCUGGUACGCUGCUUAGUAGUAAUAGUAUUACGAUUAGUUGUGCGAGUGGGAGUUCGGGGACUGGGUUUUUGGCGCCUAAUGUUAUUCUGGAUGCGAUAGAGUUGUUUAAGUGAGUGGUCGAGUAAUAUCUUUUUAGGCUGGGGAAUGGGUUGAAACACAAUUUGAUGUUUCACUGGAAGACAUUGGUACUAUGGAUGUGUGUUCAUCGUGCUUGGAUUCUCGAACAGGAAUACUAGUUACAACUGCUCUUAUCGGCUCGACUUGGUAUUACUGGCGCCAACGAGAGCUCCUCGGAUCGCAAUAGAACUUAUAACCAGAG